GACAAACUGAUAACCACAGCUCCCACUGCCUCUGUCGAAUCACAACACACAUAACAUCACUGCUGCUGCUGCUGCUGGUGGUGUUGAGAUAAACUAAGUGAUCAAGUGUGGCGCUACUCAAGGUGUUAAAGGAAUUUCAAUAUUUUUAUGGAUCUGAUGAAGCUUAUACAGGGUUCAAUUUGACGCUACAAUACAUGUGCGAUAAGUGUAUGUGGAAGAGGAGACUGGAAGGAUAUUGGUGCUGCAGUACUCUCAGACAACAAGAAAUAACAUUUUGUCAAACCAACACUUUUUGUGUGUGGUGUUUGUUUUGGUGAGUCUGUGAGUCACUGAACACUUCUGAAGUGGAGUUACUGACGCCGAGGUGAGAUGCACCUAUUGUAACAAGGUCUUAUCAAUGUAAAGUGCUGUAAGGAUAUUUUUAAAUAUUAUUUCAAUUAUUUCAAUCUUACAUAUAGACGAAGAGAAAACAGUAUACGUAGGACUUAUAUGUACGUACAGUACUGCAAAUAUUAAAUAAGACUUAAUUUCAUUUAUAAACGAGUGACCCAUACAAUACUGAGAAAAAUAUAAAUAAUUCUAAACAUACCACUAAGUGAAAUAUCCAACUGAAAAUAUUGUAAGUGAAUACAUAACUUUAGGAACGUCUAAAAUAUGAAUGUUUUAAGGUGGAGUGUGACCCACCAUCACCUGGGAAACCCGUAAGAUAACAAGAAAUAUAAUGGAAACUUGAACCUUGGGAAUCUACUGUACGUCUAAUUUGUCAUUCGAAAAAAAAAAAAAUAAGCGACAAGAUAUUCAUAUAUUUUACAAAGACCCGAAGUCCCGCUGAGGUAACAAAACAUAACAGCUAAAUAAAUGCUCAAGCUUGUUCCUUAAGUUGAAGCAGCUCAUGUUACAUAGUGAAGUCGAGGAAAUAUAUCUUGAAACUGACUUUUUAAGAAGAAUGAAGCCGUGAGGUGUUGAAAACCCAAGUGGUCAUUAUUAUUUAAAGACUUAAGUGAAAUAAUAUGUCUCUAAACGAUACUAUGGUGGAGGGCAAGCACACUUUUGACUGCAAACUGUUGGUGUAUGUCAUGUUCAGUGCGGCGACGUUGGCUGAGUGUCUCCUAGCUGGGUACAUAACCAUCUGCAACCACGGUCUCAGGGAAAGACUCGCAACCUCAUUCUCCAAUUCACUAAUCAUCAGCAUCGGGAUUUUCUCUACGCUGUCAUUCUUUUUCGGGGUACUGUUGUUAACGGUCCCUAUUUUCAGCUAUAUGUCGCUGGCGGGAUGUUUCGUCAGGAUGGUUCAGCGUUACUUAAGUCUCGUGUCCUGCCUCACACUCACUUGCUUGGCUCUUGACCGUUAUAUAGCUAUCUGUAGGCCACUCCGCUACUACAAUCUAAUUACUGUAUUCCGCUGCCGUUUGCUCUGCUCUCUGUGUUGGAUGUCCCCCAUAAUACUGCUGUUGUUGCCCUGCGUGGUGGAGCUACCGACGAUGUGCAACAACGGACGCACCAAUAUGACCUUCUUGGUGGCUUACUCGGUCUUGUAUACCAUAGGCGCCUUCAUCAACUUAGUCUUCUACGUCCUGGUGGCCCUUGAGUUCCGUUGGGAUUAUCGUACACAACCUCACAGCGACGAUAAGGAGGCGACAGAGGCGGUGGUCCGAUACAAGACAGCAAGAUCAGCUCUCCUUGUAUUUAUGUUGUACGCUAUCCUCUCCCUGCCUCAUACGUUGCUGCCACUGGCGUCACGAAUACUCGGCCAGGAUCUCGUACCGCAGCUGCUGGUGGAUGGCGGCCAUCUGAUCCACCGCCUCCAUCUUCUCCUCUUCCUACCUAUGUACGCCUGGGCCAGUAACUCCUUCCUCGCUUCUCUUAAGGCCUGGGCGAUUCACAGGUGGAGGAAGAUCACCUGCAGCUCUCCAAACACACCAAGACUUGAGAUGGCGCCCAGAAAGGCCAGCUUCGUCGACAACACUUCGAUAGGGACGUUGUAGCUACUGGUCUUCCAUAUUGUCUUUAAGCUCCCCCUGUAAAUAUCCACACGCAACCUAUGAAUCCAUCACAUACAGUAGGUCUUGCAGGUGUUCAUUAUAACUGACCUCUCAGUGAAGCUCCGGCGACAAGAACAGUUACCUUAAUUAAAUUGGGCGUAGCUUUGUAGAGAGGUCAAUUGUCUCUUUAUAUGUAUGUAAUUAUUAUUAAAUGAGGCGACCCCGUAGAGAAGGGAUUAAUAUGACUAUUCUUUGAAUAGAACUGAAUAUUUACAUAACACGUUGAUAUGAGUUAUUAACUACUAAGCAUUGUGAAGUACAAGUAUUCGUCAUUUAUGUUGUACAGGAUAUGUGAGGUAAUAAAGUUUUUUAUAUUUCUUUUUUGUGA